AUUUCCGCGCCGAGAUGUCGCUAUUCUUUCACCGGCUUACAAGAUGCAGAUUCUCACAACAGGCUGAGCCGAAUCGUUUCCGGCAUUGAUGAAUCGGAUGCAGAACAACGAUACAAUGUGGAAGCAGCCGACAAUAAGAUAACUUCGUUGCCAAAUUCGAGCGCCACAAGUGUAGCCUCAACCCAGAGGAAGGUUAUUUCCUGGGAGAGAAAUGACUCAGAAAAUCCAUACAAUUGGUCAUCCAGAAAAAAGGCGUGGAUAGUAUCAAUAGGAAUGUUUGUGGUUGUGAACAGCACCAUGGGGUCUUCACUUCCCUCCAAUGCAAUCCCGUUCAUCAGCGCGGACUUCCACAUCACAUCGUCAUAUUCUCAAGUUCUACCGAUUUCUAUGUACUUGAUUGGCUAUGUCCUUGGUCCAUUACUUUUCGGUCCACUAUCAGAGACGUUCGGGCGAAGAGCAAUCAUGACUUCUACAUUCCUCGCCUACACAAUCUUUACAAUGGCUUGCGCUCUGUCUCCAAAUUGGGCAGCGCUGUUGAUAUUUAGGCUACUAACCGGAGUCAAUGCCAGUAGCCCAAUAUCGGUUGUUGGCGGGGUGUAUGCAGACAUCUAUGAGGAUCCUGUAACUAGAGGAAGGGCAAUGGCAGUUUUCAUGUCGGGAACAUGUCUUGGUCCUCUCAUUGCCCCAAUCAUAUCCGGCUUCAUAUCACCCGUUAAAGGCUGGCGCUGGACUUUCUGGAUUGGUCUCAUGGUCGCGGGCGCCACGCUGCCUGCUCUUGCAACUCUUCCAGAGACCUUUGGCCCAACCCUCCUCGCUAAGCGCGCUGCCAAACUUCGCAAAAGCACAAAUAACCCCAACAUCUUCGCGCCUAUCGAGCUCGAGAAGAAAGGUUGGAAGCAGAUGGCUACUGUCACGCUCACUCGCCCCCUUCGAAUGAUAUGCUUUGAACUCAUUGUUCUAGCCACAUGUCUAUAUCUCAGUCUGGCAUACGGCAUAUUUUACCUCUUCUUCGAGGCGUACCCCAUCAUUUUCCGAGGCAUCUACGGACAAUCAUCCGGCGUCUCAGGCCUGAUGUUCCUCCCCAUCGGUGGGGGCAGCGUGCUGGCAGUCAUUCUGUUCCUAUGGUAUGAUGGCUUUUUGCGGAAUGCGCAGAAGCAGAACAGGGCAUGGACGCGAAAAGAAGAGGCCCGGCGAUUGCCUCUAGCAUGUGUAGGUGGACCUCUCUACGUCGUGUCGCUUUUUUGGCUCGGUUGGACUGCGAGAUCAGAAGUCCCGUUCUACGUUCCGAUGCUGGCAGGCAUCCCGUUUGGAAUGGGCUUCGUGCUCAUCUUCAUGGCGCUCCUGAAUUACCUCACAGACGCGUAUGAGAUUUUCGCGGCCUCGUCCAUGGCUGCUUCGUCUUGUUGUCGCAGUCUCGCUGGUGCGGUAUUGCCGUUUGCUGCGACGCCCAUGUUUGCAAGACUCGGUGUGGCUUGGGCAUGUAGUCUACUUGGGUUUUUGAGUUUGGGCAUGUGUGUCAUCCCUUUCAUGUUCCUGUGGAAGGGCGAUGUGAUAAGGGAAGGGAGUAAGUUUUGUAACUUUCUGAAAGAGAAGAAACAGAAAGAGCUAGAGGAACUGGAAAGGGAAGCGCGGGGUAUCGAGGGACUGGGGUUUAAUGAUGCUCCUGGGGAAAAG